AUGGGAGUCAAGGGGCUGUGGGACCUUCUUGCGCCGGCAGGCCGCCGGGUUCCUGCCGGAAACUUGAAAGGAAAAGUGGCGGCCGUCGAUGCAGCCAUAUGGCUCGUUCAGUUCCUGCACGCGAUGAAACGCCCCGAUGGGUCGCCGAUGCCCGCUGCUCACUUGGUCGGCUUCUUCAAUCGCCUAUGCAGAUUGCUUUUCUUCCAGAUUCGCCCCAUCAUCGUCUUUGACGGCCCGCCUCCGUAUCUAAAACGCCAGACUUUGCUAGCAAGGAAGCGACAGAGGCAGCAGCAGGAAAAGAAUCUCCGCUCGGUUGUGGCGCGGCUCCUUCUGAAUCAAUUGAAGGAAAAGCGACGCCAGGAGCAGGAAGGGUCGACGCCCCAUGAGCCAUCCGCCGCUCAGGCCCCCCUUCCGGAGGACGCCGUGACCAUACCAGACUCUUCUAAGUCGCCGUCCGUAUCCCUGGUGCCGUCGACGACGCCUACGCCUCCACAAGAGGCUUCGUCGUCCGCUUCCGGUGCUCCUGCAGUGGCUUCAACCGGUUCCGGCGGUUCCUCCGCUACUGCCCUCGUGUCCGUUCCUUCUUCGUCAUCUGGGCGUUCUGUUGGAACGAGGGGCGACGACGCGCGCGGAGACGAAGAGGGGACUUUGGCGGGGGCGUUGUUCACGAGCAGUGAUGAAGGCGAUCCAGCUAGCGGAGCGGCCAGGAGGCGGGGGCAUAGGCCCGCGCACUCGGCGCGAACGUGCAAGGCGAUUCGCGUGCGCAGAGCGUCUUCUCACUCGGAGGCCUCCAGCGCGUCCUCUGUGGACAUUGAGGUGGAGGCAGAGAGCGACGACGAGGUGUCGGUUGAGGCGGAAAGUCGAGGCAGGUCUCUUGCACGGACGGUGCCAGAGGAACUGCGCGGCUUUCUAAGCUCUCGGCGGCAACUGGGGGAGCUGCCGAUGCCUUCCAUUCUCUCCAUGCCGGCAAGCGCGGCGUCGACGAAGGCCUUCGAGUCUAUGGGGCUCCCCGCGCUCGUCAAGCGGGGACGGGAUGGAGAGGCGCGGAAGGUAGUGCGGCGCGCCGAAGACUUCAAGGCUUAUCGCCUCGAAGACGAUUCCUUCGUCCAGCUGCCGCUCGACGCAGAGAUCGACCAGGAGGUUUUUGACCUUCUUCCACCGAAAGUGCAGUUUCAGAUCCUGACGCAACUGCGCGAUGCGUGGCUGCACGAUAGUCGCGUGAAGGCUCUCCAGGCGAAAAACAACAUUUUUGUUUUCUCGAAUGUCCAGCUGGAGUCCUACAUGCGCAGCGUGCAGGCGAAUCAACACUUGACAAAAGUCAAGAGGCGCUUAGCAGCUGCGCAGCUCGAGGACGGGGAGCCAUCACGUCUUGACGACGAACCCGCCUCCGCAUAUUACACAUCUGCAUCUUCGGCGCCCGCAUCAGGAUUGACCCCCAGCCUGGCGCUUCCGUCGCCGUCACUGCCCGUCUUACCGGGCGGCGGGACAGGUCACGUGGAAGGUCUCAAAGAGGAGGCCUGUAGCCCUGUCAUGUCGCCCGCCUCUCCCGCGAGGGGGCAGUCUGGAUUCCACUCACAGGUUCUCUCUCGCCCGCUCCAUCUUUUCUCCGGAGACGGAGGGCCCGGGGCGGCCUACGGCCCCAGCAGGCAGCCGAUGCUGACUGAGAUGACCUCUCUGUCGGGAGUGCUGUUGGGCGGUAGGCAGGCCGCGCCUCUGUCUGGCGGCCGCGGGUUCCACUCAGGCGACCGUGCGUUUUCCCUCGACGCAGAUCUGCGGAAGCUGUCGCGGCAAAGGGCGUUCAUGAACGACCUCACCCGGACUGCGCGGCCCCUCGAGGCGCCGAAGGAGGCCGCGCUGCUCGCGCCCUCGGAGCUGCUUGCCGCAGCGGCAGCCGCGUGCACCAGUGGCGUGGCUGAAUCGAGGGGCGGCUCGCUGCAAGCCAAGGACGAAAAGGGUCUGUGGCGAAAGCUGAAGGCGGAGGAAGACGAGAGGCGACUUCAAGCGAGCGACAGGCUCACGCGUGAAGGGGGGCGGUGGAAGCCGAAAGAAGGAGACGAAGACGACGACGCGAUCGUCGUCACCGCAUCUGGAGAGAGGCAGCACAUCGCGCUGUUGGACGACGCGGAGAUUUUCGGCGCCGACUUCUUCAGCCCCACUGCCGACUCCUCGGUCGCCGCUGCCGCUUCAACGCACCGUAAAAGCGACGCAAAGCAGGCAGUUCCUCGUCGCAGCCAGGUGGCGGAGGUCACUUCUUUGUUGGAUCAAACUGAAGAUAUGCUAACGCGCCGAGAAGCGAGGGAAAUCAUCUUCGUGGACGCGGAUGAGGAGGCGUCAUCACAGGCGGCAGCGGAGGAGAGCAGCGAGCGGGGACCCACGGCGCCCGCGAGUGAAGAGCAGAAGAGUGAGAUUCUGACGCUCUCGGAUGACGACGGAGAUGAGUUCGCCGACUGCGUGGUCGACACGUGCGACGGGCCGACAAGUCCGGCGCCGGCUGUGAGGCCUCCGUCGGGACCUGAGCUGCGAGAGGGCUCCUCUGUCUGUUCCCCGCUGCGGAGUAGUGUCUCGACCCCGCUGUCGCAGGAGGCGUCCGGGACGGCUGCCGCCCCAGAGUCGCGCGCAACUGCCCUGCCGCCGCCCUCAAGUCCUCCUUCGGACGAAGAGACCAGAGCUCAGGCGAAGGCAGGGAGUCUGACAGAAACGUCAGCGUCUCGAGAACUCGGGGACGCCGAUCUGACGAGUGCUUCCCCGGGCGACAGAAUGGAGCCGGCCUACACGGCUGCUGCGAGGAGGACACGGAUGCGAAGGCGGUUUGGCUUCGGCCGCAGCCGAGAGUCGGUCAGCGCGAAGGGUGGGGAGUCUGCGGUGUCGGUGGCUAACCCUCCGUCGCUGGUCCAGGCGAAGCGGGACGUGGGCGAAGACCUUUCUGCUCCCCGGCGUUCAUCGCUGUCGCCCGAGUCCCUGACCUCUUCGCUGGUGUCCUCCACAGCUUCUGCCCGUUCUGAUUCUACGCGUGUGCCGAUCAUGCUCGAGUCACCAGCGGUCGACCGAGAACCGAGGCGCGCGUCGCGCCGGACCUCUGGCCGUGGGCGAGGUGACGCCGCGCGGGAAGCGAGCCAGUUAGAGGCCACCAAAGCUGCGCCGAGAAGGGCGCGGGCGUUGCGGGUGUAUCUGAAGCAGGAGGAAAAUUUAUCCACCAACCUCGGUAUUUAUUUAGGAUUCCCUUUUUACACCGGAGUUGAUGCGUCAACUGCGUCCACGGAGGAGGAGCACAGAGAACAGGCUGCGCGGCCGGCGGUGACGCAGGAGGCCACGGCGUCGCACGCAACUCGCGUGUCGCCCACCGCAGUCUCCGUGGAGAGCGAUACGGGGAGUGUUGACGCAGACUGCACUAACGGCUUGAGUGCGGAAUCAACGCCUGCGAGAAGAGCGGAGGAGACGGACCACAAAGGAGACACAGCGCCCGAGGCCUCUGCGGCGGACGAGGUUGAGAAGCUACUGGCUGAGCUGGGCUCUGUGUCGUUCCCCCAGGCGGAGGGCGCCGCCCUGGCGUUGCUGAGGGACGCCGCGGAGGCGGGCGCCUCGGAGGACGAGCAGGACUCGGAUGCGGCGGAAGGCAGCCAGAAGCGAAGGAGGCGCAAGGGCUGGAAGAACGAAGAAGAGGACGGCGAGUUCAUGCAGCUGUGGCUCGCGGUCUUUCCUCAGCUCAAGGAGCACCUGCUUGCAGACGAACGCGCCAGCUCCAACACGAAGAGGGAGCGGCAGCGGAAGGCAAAACAAGUCGUCUCUCUGUCCGUCGAGGAGUCACUCGAGCGGUCGGACUUCGAUGGGCCUUCUGAGGCUGAGGGAGACAAGCCGAGCGAGGCAGAGAGAAAGGCGAAUGUACAGAAUGACAUUUGUCUUGACCAGGGCGUAUUGGAGCCCCGGGACGAAGCUGCGGGGGAGGCGGAGGCGCCCCCCGAGCAGGAACGGAGGUUGGCUUUCUGCGGCGAGACGCGGCGAGAUACGGAGUCGGCGGAGAGUCAAACCGUACGGCAGGCGGGGUACACAGGAGCAGGGCGAGCAGCCGAGGACAGAGCCGGAAGUAAAACAGAACGGGCUCACGCCCUCACGGGAGCUGCGCAAAGCCUCCAGCCCCGGCUGCCGUCAGGGCUGAGCUUCUCCACAAUGCCCUCGCUGGCCGCGGACUCUGUGCCUCCGUCCUCACCGGCCUCGGCGUCGUCGGCUGCGUUGCUGACGAUGGGCGGCAGCAGCGCCGAUGAGCACCUGCGAGAGAGACUGGAGGAGGAAAAGCUCCUUCUUCUUCAGCAAGCAGGCAUGCUUCAGCAACAAACCGGGAACGUGACAGAACACAUGAAAGACCAGAUCAUCGCUCUUCUGCGGGCAUUUGGCGUGCCCUUUGUCUCUGCGCCCGGCGAGGCAGAAGCCACUGCAGCGUCCCUGACCGAACAGGGCUUAGCCGACGCCGUGAUAUCCGACGACAGCGACGCGCUUGUCUUCGGCGCUCGCGAGAUCUACCGGAACUUCUUUGAGAAUAAAAAGAGCGUGGAGAUGUACGAGGCUAGCUUCGUGGUCCAGAAACUGGGUCUGGAUCGACAGCAGCUCAUUCUCCUGGCGAUGCUCCUAGGGUGCGAUUACACUCUGGGCGUCAAGGGCAUAGGCAUCGUGAACGCAGUCGAGGUUCUCCGCGCCUUCCCGUCUCUCGAUGCGCUGCUCGCGUUUCGCGCGUGGGCGGAGGCGCCGUGGACCCUGGGCAUAGGGCCGACGGACUCUGCAGAGGUGAGGAAGUACAAAGAGGAGCACAAAAAUUACAGGCUGCAGUGGCUUUUCCCGCACGACUUCCCCUCGCAUGAAGUGUUUGACGCCUUCUACACGCCGCUGGUGGCCAAGUCGAAGGAACCGUUUUCCUGGGCCGUGCCGGACGUCGACGCGAUCGUCGCCAUCAUGACGCAUGCCGGCGGGCUCAGGCGCGAGGAAGUGCUUGACUGCCUUUUGCCCUCGCUGAAGCGAUACACAGAAGCGCAUGCAUUUCAGCAGCAGACGCGCCUCACUGCUUUUCUCCCUUUCGUGGACAAGAACAAGGGGCGAGCGCCAUCCGAGCGCCAACAACGAGAGGAGGACGACGCGCGUGCUCACAAUGCACUUCGAGCUGCUGCAGAGGCCGUGGAGGCCGCAGAAACCGCUGACGCGAAGCACAAGAAGGGCAGGAGAGGGAAGGGCAAGAAGGCGCGAGGCGAUGGAGAAGCUGACGCAGGCGAGGCAAGCGAGACGGAAUGCGAGCGAGAGAAUCGCCUCGAAAGUGCUGCGGUGUGGCAAACGAGAGAAGAGAGACGCGCGAGGCGAGAAGAACGCGGCGACGCCAGCCGAAAUGAGCUGAAGGACGAAGACGCCGUAGGCAUCAUUUGCAGCGAAAGGAUGCUCAGAGCACUCGCUGUCCUAGAGCGGCGCCAUAAAAAGGGGCGGCAGACUGGCGACGCUAGCAAUCAGACAGACAAGGACGAUGCCGAGGAGGAGGAACGAGGCAAGAUGGGUAGUAGUCGGCGGAGAAAACGCGGGCAGCGGGGUAAGAGAGCCAGUCACGCGGCCGAGAGAGAUGUGGAAAAGCCAUCUGAUGAUGGGGGUCAGUCUCCCGUGUCUACCAGCAGAGCAGCAAAGCGGCCGCAAGCGGGGGCUGAGCGAGCCAAUCCGAAGGCAGAGCCCCGCAAGGACUGGCGGCGAAGAAGCGGUCCGACCCAGAAGCAUCCCGACUUCGCCGGCGAUGCGGUGCUUGCUGCUGGAGAGCUAACACGCGUCGAACACGAAUAUGUCCCCGUCAAGGAGGCAAAAAGACUUCACGUUGAAGGUGAUUUCGCUCACGCGGACGCUGCUGUCACACAUGGGAGGAAGAAAGCAAGACUCGGAUCACCGGGCCUAGCUGGGAUACAGGAUGUCCAAGAGGAGGAGGCUGCGUUACUUGCCGCCAUGCGCCAGGAGCUGGACGAAGAAGAGGACCUGGAGGCUAUGGCUGCUGCGGCGGAAGCUGAGUUGGAGAACGCGCCAUGA